CUGGCCCUUCUUCGGAUUUCGGCUGGUAUAUUUGUUGAAAGCAAGGCCUUGAUGGUUUAACGUUGUUUUUGGGCAAUUGAAAACCAUUACUUGAAAUCACCCAAACAAUUAAACAGAAUGAGCAGUGUAAUUCAAAGAGAGCCAUCAAGGUUGCCCAGCAAAACAGAUGCAGAGCUAGAUUGGAUCAGCAACUUACCGGGACAUGUUAUCGAUCAAAUUUUGUCACGUUUGCCAAUAAGGGAUGCGGUAAGGAGCAGUGUUCUGUCGAGGAAGUGGAGAUACAAAUGGGCUACAAUACCAUGUAUUGUGUUCGAUAAUCAGUGUUUUAAUGUUUCUUCACAAGACCAAACUUUCAUAAAAGACAAGCUUGUAAACAUCAUUGACCAUGUACUCUUACUACACAACGGUCCAAUACACAAGUUCAAGCUUUCUCAUCGAGAUCUUUUAGGCGUCAGUGACAUUGAUCGAUGGAUACUUUGUAUAUCAAGGAGCUCUAUCAAGGAAUUUGUGCUUGAAAUAUGGAAGGGCCAGCGAUACAAGCCACCUUCUUGUUUAUUUAGUUGCCAGAAUUUAAUUCAUUUGGAGCUGUUUAAUUGUUUGCUAAAACCACCAUUAACAUUCAAAGGUUUCAAGAAUUUGAGGAGUCUUGAUCUGCAGCACGUUACAGUUACCCAAGAUGUGUUCGAAAAGCUUAUUUCGAGCUGCCCUUCUCUUGAGAGAUUAACAUUGAUGAACUUUACUGGUGUCACUCAUCUAAUCAUUGAUGCACCAAAUCUGCAAUUCUUUGACAUCGGUGGUAUUUUUGAUGAUGUUAGCUUUCUGAAUACAUUCCAUUUAGCUUUGGUUUCCAUUGGUUUGUAUGUAAACAUUGACAAUGAUGAGAACAAUGCUCGAGAUAAUUCCAGUAAACUGCUCAGAUUCUUUGUUCAUCUGCCUCAUAUUCGAAGGCUGGAGAUUCAGAGUUACUUUUUGAAGUAUUUGGCUAUGGGAUAUGUGCCGAGCAGGUUGCCUAACCCAUGUGUUGAUCUGAAUCAUCUAUCUAUUCGUAUAGAUUUUGAUGAUUUGGAGGAAAAUACUGCUGCUCUAUGUCUCCUAAGAAGUUGUCCGAAUCUCCAAGAGCUGGAAAUGUUGGCUCGACCUGAGGAACAAACUUGCAUAGAAAGAUCCACCAACUUUUGGGAAGAUGAUCAUUGGAGCUCAUUGUUUGCACAUCUGAGAAUGGUAAAAGUGUCUGGCAUCUCAGGUGUUAAAUCAGAAAUGGAUUUCAUCAAGUUCCUGCUAUCGAAUUCACCCGUGCUCGAGCAGUUGACUGUUAAGCCUGCUUCACAAGAAGGCGAAUGGGAGUUAAUGAAGGAGUUGCUUCGGUUCCGGCGGGCCUCGAUAUAUGCAGAAGUCAUUUAUUUGGACUCAUGAUAACCGUGGCUGCCAUUGCGGAAAGUUGAGAAUUUUAGGAAAAUGGCAUCCAUUAGCAGGUUUGCUUAUUCACUUGUUAGGGGAGCGCCCUUAAAAAUUUAAAUCCAUAAACCAGAAUUGAUAUGUGCUUGUUCCAUUAUAAGGGCUUUGUGUGUGCGUGUGUACACGGUUUGUUUUUUCUUGUACAAAUGUUGCGGAUAUUAGAAUUUGAAUGCA